AUGGUUCCUGGGUUGGUGAAACUCACCGGACUAUCGACGCGGCUACUAAACAUAUGCGUUGAUUCGCUCUGCAGAUUCCGGAAACUGGAGAAAGCCGAGACAUUGAUCACAGACGGAAUCAAAUUAGGCGUUUCCCCAGACGUCGUCACGUACAACACGCUGAUCAGCGGCUACUGCCGAUUCGUCGGCGUCGAAGAAGCUUACGCCGUGACUCGCCGUAUGAGAGACGCCGGAAUCAGACCGGACGUCGCCACGUACAACUCCUUAAUCGCCGGAGCCGCGAGACGGCUGAUGCUGGAUCGUGUCCUCUACCUGUUCGACGAAAUGCUCGAGUGGGGCAUAUACCCUGAUUUGUGGAGCUACAACACUCUUAUGUGUUGUUACUUCAAGCUAGGGAAGCAAGAAGAAGCCUUUCGCGUUCUCUACAAAGAUCUCAACCUCGCCGGACUAAGCCCCGGACCCGAUACCUACAAUGUCCUCCUCGACGCUCUCUGCAAAUGCGGUUACGUAGACGAAGCGCUCGAGCUUUUCAAGGAGAUGCAGAGCAGGUUUAAACCGGAGCUCAUGACUUACAACAUUCUCAUCAACGGGCUUUGUAGAGCCAGGAGGGUCGGUGCUGCGAAAUGGAUGCUAACGGAGCUCAAGAAGUCCGGUUACACUCCGAACGCGGUCACGUACACGACGAUACUCAAGCUUUACUUCAAGACCAGAAGGAUUCGGAGAGGGCUUGAAUUGUUCUUGGAGAUGCAGAGAGAAGGGUACACAUACGACGGUUACGCGUAUUUCGCGGUGGUUAGCGCGCUGAUCAAGACGGGGAGGACGAGAGAGGCGUUCGAGUAUAUGCAAGAACUUGUCAAGAAAGGUAGGAGGCAUGACAUUGUCUCGUACAACACUUUGUUGAAUCUGUAUUUUAGAGAAGGGGAUUUGAGAGCGGUGGAUGAUUUGUUGGGAGAGAUUGAGCGGAGAGGGAUGAGAGCUGACGAGUACACGCACACGAUUAUUGUUAAUGGUUUGUUGAGGAAUGGGCAGAGGAGAAGAGCGGAGAAGCAUUUUGUGAGUAUGGGAGAGAGUGAGAUGGGGAUUGUGACGUGUAACUGUCUGGUGGAUGGGUUGUGUAAAGCUGGUCAUGUGGAUCGUGCGAUGAGGUUGUUUGAGUCGAUGGAAGUGAGAGAUGAGUAUACGUACACUUCUGUUGUGCAUAGCCUCUGUAAAGAGAUGAGGUUUGUUUGUGCCUCGAAGCUUCUCUUGUCGUGUUACAGUAAAGGGAUUAAGAUUCCGGCGUCGGCGAGACGAGCGGUUUUGUCCGGUUUGCGGAUGUCCGGGUGUUAUGGUGAAGCGAAGUUGGCUAAAGCCAAAAUGAAACUGACUCAGUUAUGCUUUGAUUGUGGUGCGAAGAAUCCGAGAUGGGCUUCGGUUACGUACGCGAUCUUUCUCUGCAUGGAUUGUUCAGCCACUCAUCGGAGCCUCGGUGUUCAUAUCAGCUUUGUCAGGUCAACGGAUGUAGACUCAUGGAGCCCUGAGGAGCUCACGGCAAUGAUGUUUGGUGGCAAUAACCGGGCUCACGUGUUCUUCAAGCAACAUGGAUGGACCGAUGAUGGCGGAAUCGAGGCUAAGUACACUUCAAGAGCUGCUGAUUUGUAUAGGCAGAUUCUUGCUAAGGAAGUUACCAAAGCCAUUGCCGAAGAAGCAGCUACGACCCGUCUACUACAUUCGUCUCCUGUAAAUUCUAGCUCUCAGCUACAAGAAGCAUCCAAUGGGGCUUCUUCUGUGAAACAUGAAGCGACCGCUACUUCUUCGUUUAAGAAACCUCUUGGUGCUUUAAGGAGGGGAAAAACAGAUGAGAAUUAUUUUUUCAUUUUUGGGAAAUUGCAGGCAAAUGAAAACCUCUAUGACCAGAAACCGGAAGAAUCUGCGCCGGUUAUUCCUGCUGAAUCUUCAACGAAGGAGAGGGGAAUCGAGUCAUUUGCCUCUUGGCAGGAGUACACUUAUUACAAGGUAUUUUUAGAGAAGAAGGCUGGUGGUACAAUAGAUCCGCCAUCACCAACGGAUUCCAAGAAAUCAAGCGAAGUUCAAGCAAAGGAAAACCAAGAAUCUGCGCCGGUUAUUCCUGCUGAAUCUUCAACGAUUGAGAGGGGGAGGGGAAUCGAGUCCUUUGCCACUUGGCAGGAGUACACUUAUUACAAGGUAUUUUUAGAGAAGAAGGCUGGUGGUACAAUAGAUCCGCCCUUAUCAAUGGACUCCAAGAAAUCAAGCGAACUUCAAGUAAGCUGUGUGUUUAUAGUGACAGCAUUGGCCCCGUUAGGCUGA